UAUCAGCUGUUGCUUGUUUUUGUUUUGUGACAUAACCGCAAUUUACCAGAAGCUCAAAUUCAUCAAACAUUUAAUAAAAACACGCGUUAACUAAUAUUAUUUAUUAAGUUGAUAUGUCCCACAAGUACACUGAGUUGAUUAAACUCGGCACGCAGUAUGCCCGCCGUAUGAACUACCUCUCAAAUCGCAUAUUCGACGAAGUAGCGCGCACCACCAACGAAAAGUCCAUGAAGGUGGUUCGGAUGUUCUCAGAGGAACCUAUUCACAAAAGAGACUAUGUGGUUAACUGGUAUCCACGACACGUGGAGACUCACUUGCUGAUGAAGAACCUACGCGACUACGGAUUGUUUCGGGAUGAGCACCAGGACUUUAAGGAGGAGAUGAAGCGUCUGCGCAAGCUACGUGGCAAGGCACCACCCAAAAAGGGCGAGGGCAAGCGAGCCUCGAAGAAGUAGUAUCAUAAAUAAACAAAAACACAACUUUA